AUGCUGUCAUCAUCAACUACUAAAGGGGAAUGCACCUGCAGCCGCAACAGGAAGACCCUCAACAACAGACACAGAGGUUGCUCUUCCUCUUCUUCCACAUCGAAGCCACCAACUUCAUCCUUUUCGCUUAAACAAAACAACAAAGCCAUGGAUGAUGUGUGGGAAGACAUAAACCUUGCAUCCUUGAGUGACCAAAACAGUACCCAACACCCCAUCACCACCACCGACCCACAAGGUGCGAAUUUUCAAGACUUUCUGUCUCGACCCUUGACCAAUUUCUCCGUAGCCAUAGACCCUGCCACUGCUCUCAGUUUGAGCACGCGCCCUGAGCUCACACACAAGGACUUGCAAUUAGCACAACCCCAUCACAACCCUCCCUUAAAGGUUGAUCCUUUUCAAAACCGUGCUCACUCAUGUGCCUCUUUUGGGAAUAACACUAAGAAAUCUCUCCAACCUGAUACCAACUCAGGGGACAGAAGGAAUACUCGAAUGAUGAAGAAUCGUGAAUCUGCUGCGCGAUCAAGAGCUUAUAUGUUUGAGUUGAAGCAAAAAGUUAAGCUCUUACAGGAAGAGAAUGCGCGACUCAGAAGACAGCAGCAACGGUUGUGUGAAACCGCAGCCAAUCAGCGGAAGAAGAAGGGCAAUCUAUAUCGAGCAUCCACAGCUCCAUUUUAA